AGCCUAUUACGAACGGGGCGGGGAUGUCGUCCGCGGUUGAAUUUCGCAAUCGGCUCGCACGUAUUCGGACAACGGCCUUCGGCGCGUAAAACGCGUCGUCGCUCCGUUUCGUCAUCGGCGAGCCGAGUCCAGUAGCGCGGAGCUGCUCGAGCCUGUCCGAGCUUUCGCGCGAGAGCUUUCGCGGCCGAGAUCGCGUUCGGGCAUGGAAUAACGUGCGCUGUCGCAGUCACCAUCGUCAUCGUCAGUUUUAUCGCCCGAGUACGUCUUCAUGAUGAUGAUGACUGUUCUAUUUUUAGGGCCACUCGUGGUACACCCGAAAUAGGAAGUUUCACGAUAUUAGGUAGAGGAGCAACAUGCACAAGAACGGACCACCGCCACCUUACGAACCACCGCCAUACGCACCACCUGCCUACUCCCAGAACGUGGGAGGAGUCCCACCUGCCAGCCCAUUUACGCCAGCUCAAACUUAUGCAAAUGGGCCGACUAUAGUCACGACCAUUGUUCCGCUUGGGCCGCAACCGACCCACACGAUUUGUCCACAUUGCCAUGCUGAAAUAGACACAACGACGAAGACGGAGCCUGGAAUGAUCGCUUACAUCUCGGGAGUCAUCAUCGCACUGCUGGGAUGCUGGCUGGGCUGCUGCUUGAUUCCCUGCUGCAUCGACGAGUGCAUGGACGUGCAUCACAGUUGUCCGAACUGCAAAGCCUAUCUGGGACGUCACAGGAGAUAAGCGGGCGGAUCGCACUGGCGCGGCGCCUGCGAGUCGCAUUUGCAUACAUUGAAAUGCCUCCACCGACACUACCAACAUAUGAUUCCGACGAUGUACUAAGCUUGAUUCCGUAUUCCGCGCAACCCGGAGACGGCGACUCCCCGCGGGGGAGUGAACACUGUACAAGAUACGCAGCUCUAGUUGAUCUAGCUAUAUCGAUCUUCGUAACGAGAAGUGCACGGUAUUUUAAGCGGUAUUAUACAGCUACUCCAUGCGGCUUGACGUUUACGGGAUAAUCUUGUUGCACAAAAAACUUUGAUAAUCUAUUCUACAUCUUGCACAUGUAUUUGUAAAGAUAUUUAUUGUGCUUUUGCAUGACAUCGAGAUGAGGUUUUACGUGCAAGUUUGUAUUUUUUUUCUUGACAGCUAGAAGCUGUCUGCUCCGAAACGCGUAACAUGUUCGACUUUACGAGGAAGAGACGCUCGUGCUUCCGUAUGAAUAAGUUUACAAUUUCUAUUUAUUUGCAUCGGCAUGGUAGAACGACACGUGUCUCGCGUAUUAUCUGCAGCAUCGAUUGAUUCGUUGAUGGUCACGAUUUGUAUCGAUCUGACUUGCAUCAACGUGCUUGAACGUUGGUAUUUAUAUUUCGAGCCGUUAAGAUCAGCUAUGUAUUGUUAGGUUGCAAUAUCUGCAGCUGUCCACUCAAUUAGCCGUCCAGUUCCACGAAGCGAGUGACAAAUUGCUCGCUAAUUGAUCUUAACAUUUGUUGCAAACGUUUAUUGUUUGAUAAAAGAUGACGCUCAGACGUAUCGUGCGCGAGUGUCAUCGAUGUAAUUAAAUGUUACAACUAAAAUAUUUAAUGAAAUCGUGAAUUUGAAUUGAUGGACAUAUUUGUCCAUAGGAGGUGCAUUGUUUGAAAAAUUCCGAUUAAAAAAAAUAUAUAUAUAUAUAUAUAUAUCUUGCAGUGUAGCGAAAAUGCUGAUCAUCAGGUGUAAAUUGAUGAUGGAGAUAAUAUGAUAUUUUUAUACUGUUGAUGAGAAGAGACGUGGCAGCUGAUACGCAGCUAGAGAGCUUGGAAAUUAACAAGGGGAAUUUAUUGUACCUUAAAAUCAAGAUAUAGAAUUUGUUAUGAUGCAAUAGGAGGUAGUGUAAUACGACCAAAUAUUAUGAUACACGCGUGAGAGUAAUGGAGAUUCGGAAUGCUUUCAUAGAAUUAAACUGGAUACAAGCAGUAUUGCUUGAAGAGUUUAUAUAACUUGUAUCAUAAUGUAAAAAAACACACAAUAGCAUUUCCAGUUAUGUGGGCUAACAGAGUUCGCUACGCUUUUUUGUGGACGCGGGCAUACGCGUCCGAUUGAAAUUGCAACGAGACUAGAUAUAUACUUUUCUGCCUUUAUCAUAAAAUAUAUUUCUAUUUUGUUAAAUAUGUAAACGAUUGUGAAAAUAAACGAAAUUAUCAAAAUG